AUGGUCAUGAAUCAAUCCGCGCUUUGCUGCUGUUUGCAUCGGGCAAAGAUGUUCUUCCAUACUAUGGGUGGCAUGGGAGGUAUGGGCAGAGGACAAGAAGGUCCUGUUGACACUCGCCUUUAUGAUCUUCUCAAAGUGAAACCAGAUGCUAGCGAGGAUGAAAUUAAAAAGUCAUAUCGCAGGCUAGCUAAAGAGUACCAUCCUGACAAAAAUCCGGAACAUGGAGACCAAUUCAAAGAAAUCAGUUUUGCUUAUGAAAUUCUAUCAAACCCUGAACGACGUCGUCUAUACGAUAUGCGUGGCAUGGACGGUAUCAAGGAAGGUGGAGGCGGUGGAGGCGGUUUUGGCGCUGACCUCUUCACUCAGAUCUUCGGAGAUGACGAUGAUUCACCGUUCGGCAGCUUCUUCGGCAUGGGUGGCGGUGGAAGACGCAGGGCUCGCCGGAAAUUCCAAGACACGGUGUAUCCGUUGAAUGUCACUCUUGAGGAAGUAUAUAAUGGAAAGACAGCUAAAUUGCGAUUAUCCAAGAAAGCGCUAUGUACAAAGUGUAAAGGAAGUGGCGGAAAAACUGGUCAGUCAUACGAGUGUCAUUCUUGCCGUGGCCGUGGAGUCAAGAAUGUUGUGCAACAAAUUGGUCCAGGAAUGAUCCAACAGAUGCAGGUCAGAUGCCCUGAUUGCCGCGGCGAAGGUACUAGAAUCCCAGAGUCCGACCGAUGCUCUCACUGUAAAGGAGAGAAAAGCGAGGAAGUAAAGAAGAUACUUGAGGUUCACGUAGAACCAGGAAUGAAGCACAAUGACAAGGUCACAUUCCCUCGCGAAGGAGAUCAGUCUGACCCAGACAUUGAACCGGGUGAUGUUGUUAUUGUAAUACAAGUGAAACCACAUGACGUGUUUGAGAGGGAGGGCGAUGAUCUCAUUGCGAAAAAAACUAUAUCCUUGAACGAAGCUCUAUGCGGGUAUGAAAUUCCAUUGAAACAUCUUGAUGGCCGUACUUUAAUUUUGAAAAAUAAGCCAGGAGACAUCAUAACCCCAGAUUGUAUUCGUGGUAUUAUCGGUGAAGGCAUGCCGCAAAGGCGACAUCAUGAUCUUCGUGGAAACCUUUAUGUAAAAUUCGAUGUAGCCUUCCCGAAUGAUCACUUUUUGGAAGACGACACGAAAUACAAAAUGAUCGAAACCGCAUUCCCACCAGUCAGAAAAGUUGCAUAUCCGUCGAAUUGUGAAGAGGUGUCUUUGAUGGAAUAUGAUGAGAAGCGGUAUCGUGGCGGUAGAGGAGGAGGACAAGCUUAUGAAGAAGACGGAUCGGAUGAGGAAAUGGGUGGUCAUCACGGGCCUCAGGUGCAAUGUGCACAAAGCUAGAGUCAUUCUCAAAUCUUCUUGUUUUUUCUUUUUUUCCUCUCGAAUCAUUUGGCGAUACUAUGCUUUGAUUGUGAUCUUUAGAGACUAAUGACUUGGUGAAAUUGUAUUCAGUAGUCCUUCGAAUGAAUGUGCUGUUUAACGCUGUACUGAAAACAUUUGCUGAAAAUGAAUGUCGUUUACUUCAUUUGAAUCGCGUAUAUAGUGUUUUUUCUUGCUUCUGCAAAAUAACAGC